UUUCGAAACAAAAUAUUUCAUGGGGUCAAAAUGUUUACUCUAACUCAGCAGUAACCGUCAGCAGUUCCCCAGAAUCUCAGAAGUCGGAACAGUAGGGGACUCCCCAUAGCCCCGAUGACAGAAGUUUUAUCUGGGGAUCUCAGGGAGUCAACAGUAUCAAACACCACCAGGGACUCUGUUCACAAAAUUCAUCAUCAGCGGGAUUGUUUUCACUUUGUGUCAUUUUUACGUUUUGAAUGAAAUCGACCGAUUAACUGAAUUGGCAAAAUAGUUUAUUUGAAGAUGAUCAACCCAUUCAUGGAUUCCACCCCCCACCUACCACCUGGGGCCCUGAAGCUGAGUCCUCCCCACCACAUGAACGAUGGGGGGUUUGUGCACGGACAAUCAAACCAGUUUAGUCCCCCUUCCAGUGGAUAUGGGGUACCUCAUUCCCAUCACGUCAGCAGCUACACAGCCCGAGACUUCUUGCUUCGUCGUCCAGAUAUAACAAUUCCAGGACACGAUGGCAAUGGGAACGGACACGCAGGGAUGUUCGGAGCCUCCGGCAACCCCUUCCAUUCCCAUCCCUCGGAAACAUCUAGUCACAUGCUGCUGCCGGGACUUCAUGAUUCAGGACAUUACCCGGGAAGUCAUCAUGUUAAUGGGCGAUUUGGACUUCAUUCGGAGAUGUAUUCCCGUGCAGAACAGUACAACCAAAUGGCACCACCUCGCCAUGACCAUUUUUCUACCCCACAACCAUUCAACAUGCCCCCUAUGAAUGGGAUGAACCCCAUGAACAUGGGAGCCCAUGGACCAGGGGCGUUUUUCCGCUACAUGCGUCCCCCAAUAAAGCAGGAACACACGUGUUUGUGGAUAGACAAAGAUCAAUUGGAACCUAAAAAACCCUGCAAUAAAGUGUUUUCUACUAUGCAUGAGAUUGUGACACAUUUGACUGUGGAUCAUGUCGGGGGGCCAGAGCAGGCAGAUCAUGCCUGCUAUUGGCAGGAGUGUGCAAGAGAUGGUAGACCAUUCAAGGCCAAAUACAAACUUGUCAACCAUAUCCGCGUCCACACGGGAGAAAAACCUUUUCCCUGUCCAUUUCCGGGAUGUGGGAAAGUGUUUGCGAGAAGCGAAAAUUUGAAGAUUCAUAAAAGAACCCACACAGGUGAGAAGCCGUUUAAAUGUGAGUUUGACGGAUGUGAUCGUCGAUUUGCCAACAGUUCGGACAGGAAAAAACACAGUCAUGUGCACACGAGUGACAAACCGUACAACUGCAAGGUUAGAGGCUGUGAUAAAAGUUACACACACCCAAGUUCAUUGCGGAAACACAUGAAAGUUCACGGAAACAUUUCACCAAGUAUGGAAGAAAAAGAUUCAGACGACAGUCACUCUGAAGGGGAAGCUCAUCCUCCUCCUAGUCCGCCAUUAUCAAAACCAUUGCAAACCCCGAUCCCGAAUAACACCACAGGGAAUUCACAAUCACAGCAACAGACGACACCCGUUUCGUCAAUGUCGAGCCCGACCUUGCCACACGAAGGAAAUUCUAGUCUUCCACAUAAUAACACAACGAACCUGAGCGAAUGGUAUGUUUGUCAAGGUACAAACGGACCCCCGGGAUUGAGUGUUUCCCACACGAGCGAGCAAUCGCCUUUAAGCACUCUCAGUCAUCUUCAAAAUCUCCAACCACCUCCGAUUCUUCAGUUCUCUUGAGAAAUCGAUUUUUCACGUUAAGGAUUUUUUCAGAUCAUCGGUGUUAAAAUGAAAUCAUACUCACCUCCUGCAAAUAAUUCUACAUCUAAUGUUCGAUAUUUGUAUUUUAUUGAUCAGGUAUGAAUUUUCUGUCUUUUGGAUCCUUGAGAUUUCUUGAUCGGUUUGGGGGGAUUAUGAGAAUGAGUUGUAGCCGUGACUUAUCAAUGUGUUACAAACGAUUCUAGUGUUUUAAACCGACCGAGGGGAACGGAUUCUCACGGGUCUAUCCCCAGAUGUUGUAAGCCACAGAUAACUAUAUAUUUGAUUUAGGAUUAAGUUAUUUUCACAUUUCAUGUUAUUGUCAUUAAUCAAAUUAUACACCUGUAUGAUGAUAUGUGAUAAGUGAAUAAUUAUACCCAUGUACAACAUGGCUAAUAAUGUAAAUAAAAUUCCUACAAAAAUAUA